CCGGCCUGCCGCGCGCGUUGAAUUCGCAGCGCCCCGGAGGAGGAAAGCGGGCGACUUGCCAUGGCGGUCACGCUGCCGGAGGUCGUGGAGGAGCUCCUGAGCGAGAUGGCCGCCGCUGUGCGGGACAGCGCGAGAAUUCCUGACGAGCUUCUCUUAUCGCUGAAGUUUGUGUUUGGGUCAUCCGCCAUCCAGGCCUUGGACUUGGUUGAUCGAGAGUCUGUCACUUUAAUCUCAUCACCCAGUGGAAGGCGUGUUUACCAGGUGCUAGGGAGUUCUGGCAAAACAUAUACAUGUCUGGCUUCCUGUCAUUACUGCUCAUGCCCAGCGUUCUCUUUCUCAGUGUUACGGAAGAAUGACAGCCUGCUGUGUAAGCAUCUUCUGGCGAUUUAUCUUAGUCAGCUUAUGAGGAACUGCCAGCAGCUCAGUGUGUCUGACAAGCAACUGACAGACCUACUAUUGAUGGAGAGGACACAAGAAGCAUAGAAGGUGUGGCUGGAACAUGGACUUCCGAGACAGAAGCCUAGCAGGAAAUGCAUUCACACCUCACGGUGCACAACUCACUUCCAGACUUGUGACUGUCACUUUGUCACUUGUAGGUCACAGAGGGUGUUUGUGGCUAAGGGCCCUCUAGGGUCUUAAUAUUAACCCGCUUCUGAGCCCCACAGGUAGAAUUGUCCCUGGGUAGAAUUAAGUAUUGUUGACUCAAAUAAAGCCUUAGCCAUGUUGUGUCUGCAAUCAGAUCAAGUUACUGAAGCACUAGUAAUGUUUAAAGGUGAGAUGGUAGACCAAACUGAGUAAGAGCAAGCUUACAUGAGAAAAGUAUUCAGCAGUAAAGGACCAAAGCACACAGAUAGCUAAGGGCAGCAUGUAUGAGAAGAGGGUUCUGCCAAACUCAUCUGUGUGCUGCUGUCAGCGGGCUGAUGAGGCUAUGCUGGGAAAGGGUGUGGAGAGCAGGGAGCUGGGCUUACCUUUCGAGCAUCUCUAAUCUUGUAUCAGGAUAAAGGAAACCAGAUCCUACUAGGAAUUUCACAAGACCAGCUAGGUACCAGGAGUGGUGCUGGAGAUAAGAUAGGUAGGCCCAGGAGAACAAAGGAUCAGUGAUAACUAUGAAAGCCCAGGAAAAGAACCUAAAAGGAAAAGCCGGGACAGCCAGCAGAUCCUAGAAGGUCAGGAGCUUCCUACACUCUGAACAUUCAUCCUUCUAGGAACUGAGGAGGUAGAAAAUGGAGUAAGUGACUUCAUAGCCUAGGGAACCCCACCCCCACCCCCAAUUGUGGUUCCUGAAGACACAAAGCAUUAGCAAAGGGCUGCUAAAUAAAAAGCCAAAUGCGUGCUG